AUGAAUUGCCUAACCAACGCUGAUAUCCCAGACUGGAUGACAUUGGGACGCACGUACCUGCUCAUCAAGGACCACUCGAAAGGACCCAUCCCAGGCAAUUUCAGACCGAUUACUUGCUUAUCAGCUAUGUGGAAACUGUUCACUGGUCUAAUCUCAGAUUCCAUUUACCACCAUUUAGACCAGCAAAAGCUCCUCCCCCCUGAGCAGAAAGGGUGCAAGAAGAAGAGUAGAGGAUGUAAAGAACAGUUAAUGAUAGACAAACUCAUCCUGAAGAACUGUAAACGAAGGAAGCGGAACCUGAACAUGACGUUUAUAGACUACAAGAAGGCGUAUGAUAGCGUCCCACACUCCUGGAUUCUAUCUUGUUUGACCAUGUGUGGCAUCUCUUCAUGCAUCAUAGACCUGUUUGAAGCCUCCUUCAAACAAUCGUAUGUUAACCUGAUGCUUGCAGAGUUCAGCAGUGACAUAAAAAUGGAAUUUGGGCUAGAGAAAUGUGCCGUGGUGAAGGUGAAGAAGGGAGCAAGAGCCGUUUUUGAAGGCAUCUCCCUACCCACAGGUGAACAGAUCCAUGAGUUGGAGGACGACGGCUAUAAGUAUCUCGGAAUACUAGAAGCUAAUGAUAUACUACACAAAGAGAUGAAAGCACUGGUUACAAAAGAGUAUAUCAGAAGAGUUAAAAAGGUUUUGAAAUCCCAGCUUCAUGGCAGGAAUAGUAUACAAGCGAUUAACACCUGGGCUGUACCUGUGAUAAGAUAUGGAGCUGGAAUUCUCUCAUGGAAUGCUGGGGAGACCAAAGCCUUAGAUGUCAAGACCCGGAAACUGAUGAGGAUACAUGGAGCUCACCACCCCCAAGGAGAUGUUGAUCGGUUAUACGUCAGCCGUCAACUGGGUGGCCGUGGGCUACAUAGUAUAGAGGAAGUCGUUAAGAGAGAGGAGAAUGCACUCACUACUUAUGUGGUGAGAAGUAGAGACCCAGAACUGAUUGCUCUGAAGGACUACUUUGUCAAAGACAAGAUACUCUUGGGUGAAGAGAUAGAGAAAGAUAUUGACCGAACACAACGCGAGGAAAUCCGCAAGGAGAAAUGGACUGCUAAAGUGAUGCACGGACAGUUCCCAAGGCAGAUGAUGGGUACAGCAGACCCGUUAACCUCUUGGAACUGGCUCACCCAACAAGAUUUGAAGAAGGAGACAGAAGGAUUGUUGAUAGCAGCCCAAGACCAAGCACUUAGGACUAAUUACGUGAAGCACAGGAUUGACAAAACACCUGGCUCUUCUCCCCUCUGCAGACUCUGCAGAAAUCAUUACGAGACAAUAGACCACAUACUGAAUGGGUGCCCAAAACUUUCACAGACAGAAUAUAAGUGUCGGCAUGACAAAGUAGCUGCCGCAUUGCACUGGAGUCUGUGCAAGGAAUACGGCUUCCCACGCAGUAAAAGGUGGUACGAACACCGGGCAGAGAAGGUGCUGGAGAACGGACAAGUCAAGAUAUUGUGGGACUUCCAUGUCCAGUCGGACCACGUUAUCGAACACUGUAGACCGGAUCUCCUCCUGGUAGACAAGGUAACCAACGCAGCAACCAUCAUUGACGUUGCAGUCCCAGGAGAUACCCGGAUCUUGGAUAGAGAACAAGAAAAGAUUCUGAAAUAUCAAGACCUGAAAAGAAAAAUUAAGAAGAACUGGAAUUUACGAAAGGUCACAAUCGUCCCUGUGGUGAUAGGCGCAUUAGGAACUAUCACCAUAAACUUUCGUAAACACCUCGACGCAGUCCACUGCAAUCUGAGCAUCUCUAAUCUCCAGAAGACAGCUCUGCUUGGAUCAGCCAGGAUUCUCAGGAUGGUCUUAGACAUAUAA